UUGAUUCCACGCCUUACCAAUCGCGUGAGCUUAAACGCAGAAGUAUACUAAGAAACAAAGAAAAUAUACAUAUUUUAUUAUGUUCUACGUUAAAGUCAACAUUUAGUGAUCUUUUCUCUUUAAUUCGUGACAGCCGAAUAUUUUUUUUUCAGAUUUUAAGUUUCACAGCCUUAUAGGACGUUCGGUGCGACCAAAUCAGGAACCGAUCACAACUGAUCGUCAUUUUCAAAAAGGACAUGUAAAUAAACGUGAAUCAAAAGGUUGUAUCAAGAAUAACAGCAGCAAUGGUGCUUUUCAAAAAAUAUAAUAGAACAGAAAAUGCUUUUCAGGAAAUUUUAGCAGUCUUUUGGAUUUUGAAUUUUAUGUCCUCAACACAAGCAAGUAAUCCUCUCGCUCUUGAAAUAAAUAGUACCAAUAAUUUUGAUAUAUAUCAACCAAGAAAUGAAACUGAAGUGUCACUAUUUAAAUGGGAGGAUUACAGUGUUCUGGUUACGAUGCUUAUCAUCUCUUGCGCUAUAGGCGUUUUUUAUGGAUAUUUUGGAGAAAAGCAGAUGACAGGAGAUGAUUUUCUCCUCGGUGGAUCUUCUAUGGGAACGUUUCCAAUGGCUUUAAGUUUAGCAGCAAGCUUUAUAACAGCUAUUGAGCUAUUAGGAAAUCCAGCAGAAAUGUACGUAGCGGGUGGACAAUUUUGGAUGAUAUGUUUAGCAUUUGUGCUAGUAAUUCCCGUGACAAGUCAUCUAUAUCUUCCAGUUUUCAUGAGGCUUAGAUUGACAUCAUGCUACGAAUAUUUGGAAGUCCGUUUCUGCAAAUCGAUGCGUGUUUACGCGAGCGCACUCUACAUGAUGCAAAUGAUAUUGUAUACGGCAGUGGCUGUAUACGCUCCAGCACUCGCACUAUCUGAUGUGACUGGCUUAAAUACGUAUUUGGCGGUAUCAGUGGUUUAUAUAGUGUGUAUAUUCUACGCAUCUCAGGGUGGUAUGAAAGCAGUUAUUAUGACUGAUACAUUUCAGUCAGCAGUCCUUCUUGGGUCAUUGGCCGUAGUUCUUGCACUCGGCGUAGCGCAACAAGGUGGUUCUGACUCCAUUUGGGAUUAUGCUCGAAAUACUGACCGACUACACUUUUUUGACAUGAAUCCUGACCCCACUGUGCGACACUCAUUUUGGUCAGUGGUGGUCGGCGGCACCAUAUACUGGAUAAGUAUGUUUUGUGCCAAUCAAGCUUCCAUACAAAAAUAUUUAUCAGUGGAACGCUUAUCUCAAGCUCGAAUUGCUCUUUGGGUUUCUGCUAUCGGACUAGUAUCGAUCUAUUCAGUGAAUUUCGCGACUGGAGCUCUUUUGGCCGCUCAUUAUGCAGGAUGUGAUCCGAUACAGGCGGGCGUUAUUAACGCCUCAGAUCGACUCCUUCCGCUGUAUGUAGUCCGGCAGCUCGGCGAACACCCCGGCGUGCCUGGCUUUUUCGUAGCAGGCAUAUUUGCGGCGAGUCUUGGCACUGUAGCGUCUGCUUUAAAUUCUUUAUCAGCAAUUGCUUGUCAAGAUUUAGCGACUGGACUUUUAGGCAUCACCUUACCCGAAGAAAAAGGGGCAGCUAUUGCAAGAUGGGUAUGUCUUGGAUGUGGAGCACUUUCUUUUGCACUAGUAUUUGCAGUAGAAAGAUUGGGGCCAGUUCUCCAGCUCGCACUCUCCUUCAAUGGUAUGAUCGGAGGUGUUUCACUUGGGCUCUUUAGUCUCGGAAUGCUAUUUCCUUGGGCUAAUGCAAAGGGUGCUAUAGCUGGGGGUGUGUUUGGACUUAUUCUGGUAGUAGCUGCAGGUGGUGGAGCGCAAUUCGCUCACGUGCCUUUACCACGCCUUCCAACAUCGAUUGAAUCUUGCCCCAUAUCUCUCAACGAUACAUCCUCUAUUAACUCCGAGCCUAUAGAAAACCAUGAUGAUGCUGUUUUCUGGUUGUUUAGAGUAUCAUAUCUAUGGUAUACGAGCUUAGGCUGCUUUGGUACACUACUUAUUGGUCUAGCGGUAUCUGUGGUUACUGGAGUAACUGAUCCUGCUGAUGUUCCCAUUGACCUUAUCUCACCACCGGUUGUCAACUUCCUUAAUUCAUUGCCUAUAAAAGUCAAGAAAGCAUUAAGAGUACCAACGCGGAUGGGUUCAGAACGACGGAGGAGUUCCAGUGUGAGACCGCCAAGUUUUGCUGACGAUAAAGACACAAGACGUCGUCGCCGGCUGUCCGAGCUCGCGGGUGGUGUUUUCUACAGCGACGCUCCCACGCUUACGCGAGGGCAUGAUAACUUGGCUUUGGGUCUAGACUCCGAAAAACCACCGCCUCAAGAAGCCAAGCGCACGAGUUUCAAACUAGACCCUCCAUUAAAUCCCAAUGCUCCUCAAACUUCUACGUGUUAAUGUAAGAAUAUGGUGCUAAGAUAAAUCAACUCUUCGGAUUCAGCUGAAUUUUAUUUAAUAACAUUCAACAUAAGAUAAACGAAAAUUUAUAUUAAUUUACACGCAAAACUUUGUCGUGGGAACAUAUUAUGUACAUAUUUAAUACCCUAACUUUAUUUAUACGUGUUUUGACCCCUCAAAACACAAGUUUUGGUAAGCACAAAUAUGAAUACAAAUUGUUUGUCCAUUUUCUGUACACUAAGUGUGUAUCUGAAUAUGAUUAUUUAUAGAAUUUAAUUAUUUGACGUUCUAUUAUUUUGUACAUAAAUAAUACUACUUAAAAUUGUUAUACUAACAGUCAAUAAUAAGGUUUUUUACUUACUAACUAUUGAUUUUUAUUUCAUUAAAAAUUUAAUUAAUGCAUUGAUACAACAUACAUAUGUAUAUUUACAUAGAUACAACAUUAAGCUUCGUAAUUUAAAGACGUUAUUAUCAGAGACGAAAUUUUAAGCCAGGAUAUUAGAAGGUACUUUUAUAUACAAUACGUGGGACAGAUUUUAUCAUGGUAGGUCACUACUUGUAAAAACUCCCGCGUUGAAAAGAUGAAAAAAUCUUAUAAAAUAAUUUCUUUGAAUGCUAUAUAAUAUUCUAACGUUAUACUAAACUAUUUCAAUAUAUUAUUAAAUGUUCCAUAUAUUUAAUGAAAUGUAGAGAAAGAUCAAGAUAAAUGACUUGUUUUAUAAAUAAUCACAAAUGCAAUAUUUAGUAGUAGAUACCAAAUUUCAUGAGUGGUAUUAUGGUGGUGACUUGGGUGGGUUAGUAUGGAAACAUUUAUGCGAAUGUUAAGAAUUAAACUUUUAAUAAGAUCAUUAUACAGGACCUGAUUAAACGUUAUAUACCUA